CAACGUCAUCUACAAACCACAUCCGUUCGUCCCUCCGUUCGACAUCAGCGUCAUCUCAUCAAGCGAUCAACAAAUUCCACGCGCACACAACAACGAAGAAUUCCCCAAAACCACAUUUUCCACAAACAAAAACAGCAUUUGUCCGAGAAGCACACGACGAAAAACAAACAAUCAUGCCCGCCUACACGCUAGUCGUCCACCUCUACGCCAUCGACGACGCCGAAGCCAUCAAGAAACUUUCCGCGAAGCUGCAGGAGGCUAGUCAAGUGUACAGCAAUGAUAAGGAAUGUCUAGGCUGGUUCGUAAUGCAAGAUCACAAAGACCCGCGGGCUUUCACCAUCGUCGAGCGAUAUGCGCAUGAGAGCAGUCAGAAAUACCAUCUGGAGAAUCCUUACUGGAAGACUUUCGACCCCUAUGUCAUCCCGUUGUUGGCCAAGGACAUGGAUCUCCGCCGCUUCAAUGAGCUGGACACCAGCACUGAAGUCAAAGUGGAGCAGGAUGCGCAGCUUUGGGAGAACGUCAAGAAGCAUCAAUCUUGAACUGUGAUUGGGAUAGGAUAUGCAUAGUUGAAAGGGAAGACUGAUGUCCCCAAUGAAAGCAUUUGACUGCAAUGACAGGCACUGUUGGCCGCGAUCGUGAUCCGUGAUGUUCUUGGUGUGUUUCAGGUCAGGAUACUGAACUUCACAGAACAAUGAACCUUAUUCCC